UGACAUCCACGUGAUCCGUGGAGAGAAUAACGGCGCAUCUCGUCGGAUCUGGAUCAGCAGCAGCUCGAGGGAAGAAAGGGAACAUGGCCCAGGACAUGACUCUGCUGUGGGGCUCCGGCUCUCCUCCCUGCUGGAGGGUGAUGAUCGCCCUGGAGGAGAAGGGGCUGCAGGGCUACGACCACAAACUGCUCUCCUUUGAGAAAGGGGAGCACAAGUCGCAGGAAGUGUUGGACAUGAAUCCCCGGGGACAGCUCCCCUCUUUCAAACAUGGAGACAACACUGUGAACGAAUCCUACGCAGCCUGUUUUUACCUGGAGAGUCAAUUCAAGUCCCAGGGCAACAAGCUGAUCCCGGACAGCCCUGUAGAACAAGCCCUGAUGUACCAGCGCAUGUUUGAGGGCUUGACGCUCUACGACAAACUUAAUGCAGUUAUCUACUAUAACUGGUUUGUCCCUGAGGGCGAGAGGCAUGACUCAGCUCUCGAGAGGAACAGGGAGGCUCUUGCAACUGAACUCAAACUCUGGGAGGGUUACCUGCAGAAGCUGGGCUCAGGCUCAUGCCUGGCAGGACCGUCCUUCUCACUGGCCGAUGCGACUGUUUUUCCAACCUUCGCCACUGUUUUCAGAUUUGGGUUAUCUGCAGAACGAUACCCUCACCUAGGACAGUACCACGCUCUGUUGAAAGAGAGGCCCAGCAUCAAAGCCAGCUGGCCGCCUCAUUGGCUGGAGAACCCCGAGGGCCAAGACACGCUCAAAGACAUCUGAUAUUUACUCUCACUUUCCAAAGCCAUGUCUCUGUGUGCAGUUGUAGUUUGCUUUCAAAAAAUCCAUUUGCGUUUGUUUGAUAUAGUUUAAACUCAGUUUGUCAAAUAUGAUGCAGCUCUGAAAAUGGAAACGUGUUGAGAUGAGUAUGUACAAAUUUUCAAGGCUGAAUUGUGUUAAUGUUUUUGUCAAACUAACUUUCAGUUCUCGUGUCAGUCUUUGUUGAUCUAUACAGUGGUAGGCAUAGCAGCUCUUGUUGCCCAGAUGCAUGGUGUUUGCAUCUAGAAUCAAUCUCUGUUGACAGAUACACAUGAGUUACUAUAGCAGCAGUUCCUGGUGCAUUUUGACUCUCCCUGUAGGUUCCCAACCUCAUGUCGACUGUGAAUCACCUCUAUCAGAGAGCAUGUCUGCUCUCCAUACGUUGUCUCCGUGCAGACUGCAUUGUAAACCAGGAUAGUGGUUUUACGGUUACAGAAUAAAACCGAGUUGUUCACUA